AUGCCCUCUCCAAAACGACGAAGAUUUCAAGUACUCACAGCAAUUGUUAUCCUUACUGGACUCAUUGCCCUAUUGCCCUCAGGGCAACAUGUUAUGCAAUCGAGCGCCUCAAUCAUAGUCUCAGCGACCCACCAUCUACAUCAACCAUGGCGCACCAAGACAAAGUACAGACAAGACAUUGCCGUGGCUACAUUUUUUUCGGGCGAAACAACCCCCGACGAUUAUGAACAAGAAGACAACUAUUUUAUCGCCAUUCGGACGUUAACAUAUCAACUGCGGCAUUCACCGCGAACCCGUCUUGACCCAACCAUCCCCUUUAUAAUCCUGGUGACCCCCGAAGUAAGGCAUGAGAAACGCAAGCAACUCACCGACGACGGCGCGAUAGUGAUUGAAGUCGAUAACGUCAAGACCAAUCUCACCGUGUACGUACCCCGCUGGCGCAACUGCUGGACGAAACUCCGUCUCUUCGACCCGCACGUCCUCCCGUUUGAAAGAGUCCUUUUCAUGGACGGGGACACUGUUCUGACCCGGCCCAUCGCCGGGGUAUUUGACGAUCCGGCAGCUCAGGUCAGAGACACACAGAAUGUAGCCCACCAGCGCAGGUUGGAUGAAGCACCUCUGCCGACAAGGUAUCUGUUUGCCGGGAAGCCGGACGCCACGACCUACAGUCAUUCUUAUCCCCCGGAUAUGUCUAGCAAUUAUCUCAACGCAGGGUUUUUUGUGUAUUCGCCCUCUGAGGAGAUCAUGCAAUACUACAUGUCCGUUCUGGAAUUGGAAGGUCGAUUUUCACCGGGCAUGCCAGAGCAGAACUUGCUCAACUAUGCUCAUCGCGUGGAAGGGAAUAUGCCGUGGCAGAAGCUGCACUAUAGCUGGAACCAGAAUUUCGUGACGCCCGAGGAUCUGAAGGAGACUAUAGCUUCGUUGCAUGUGAAGUAUUGGGAUGAGACUCUUCAGCAAGAUGUAAUUAACUACGCUUUGAGAUGGAGGUGGGAGAUGGAGGGCUUUUGGGUGGGCGUGAAUCAGAGCAGGGAGAGGACCUUAGGGUCUUCUGAGCCUGUCCUUUCUUUCCGGAUCUCGGAUUAA